AUGGCAUUGGUUGUGCCUGCCCUUCCUUUCACGUUCGUCGUUCAUUUUCUUACCAUUAUAAGUUACAAAUCUCUUGCAUUGAAGAAAGAGUUGAAGAAGCUGAUACAUCUUGUUUUGCACGCUAUCACAAUAGCACUUGGAAUCAUUGGAAUCUAUUGCACCUUCAAGUACGAUAAUGAAAGUAGGAUUGCCAGUCUGUACAGCUUGCAUUCCUGGCUUGGAAUUGUUGUCAUUUCCCUUUACUACAUUCAACUUGAGAUAAUGAACAAGGAGCAAGGACAGAGGAUGCUAAAUGAUUGA